AUGGACCCCUCCGACUCCAACUCGGCGCCACUGCCUGCCUCUUCUUCGUCCACCACCCAGAAACCGCCUGGCAAUGAUGUGAAGCCCCGUCUCACCAAGGACCAGCACGAUGUCCUCGAGCACCACUUCCAGCAGCAGCACAAGCCGAGCACCAAUGUCAAGAAGGAGUUUGCCGUCAAGCUCGGCGUCCCGCUGGACAAGAUCAAUAAUUGGUUCCAGAACCGCAGAGCCAAGGUCAAGCAGGACCGCAAGAAGAUGAUGAAUCAUUUUACCAUGAACAUGAAUAUGUCCUUUCCGCAACCUAGGGGGCCCGUCAUGGCUGGCCAUUAUGAGCCACAGCUUGAGCAGCAGCAGCAGCUACUGCAACUGCAGCCGCAGCCGCAGCCGCAGCCGCAUCAACAUCAACCCCAACAGCAACAGUCACAGCAGGCCCAAAUGUACCCUCAUCAAGAUUUUUACCCUAUGAACACGGAUAUGAGCACUGCCAUGCACCCUGCCCAGAAUGGUCAGGGUCCAUCCGCACUAGAGCUGACCUCCCAAAUUUCGUUGCAGCAACAGCAGCAGUAUGAUAUGCAGCACGCCCUUCGCUCGAUCCCAGAAGCCAACCAGUCUGCGGCCUACCACCCCAACGCUGUCAUGCAUUCCAUCAUGGCUGCCACCAACGGAGCUUACCUGCAGAAUACGGGCAUGCCCAUGGACCCCCAAAACCACGGGUUUCCCUAUGACACCACAGGAAUCUCGCAGUCCUACCCAGCCGAUCUUGACUUUUCUGUACCUGCACAGGCCUCGCAUGAUUUUGCACCCUCACAUCCCGAGUUCACAAACUUUGCCGAUUUUAGCGUCGACUACUCUUCCAUCACAGGCGCUGACGCCAACCCCUCCCACUCGGCAGACCUGCAGCAUAGCACAGGCUCGCAAUCCUCGGAUGCAUCACCCUUCUCGGGUGCACAAUCAAUCGUCACGACUCAAUCGCCUAAUGACCCCCCUCCUCCUUCCGUAGCCUCCGUCACCUCGCUUUACUCAGGCUGGACCGACCAACCCCAGAUGGGCCAAGCGAAACCAUGUGAGGAGGAGAGCGAAGAUCCCUUUACCACAUCCUAUACAGCAUCAGACCAAGCCCUAUCCUUUUGGAACGAGGCAACCCCUCCCGUAUUCACGCAGCCCAACUUCUACCAACACUCAAACACGUCCGCACAUGCCAUCAUGACUUCGCCUGAUCAAAGUCACUCUCGUCAAAUCAGUGCAACGCCUGCCGACUUCGAUCUUUCCGUACCCUUUAACAACGAUGCUUACACACGACGGAGCUCGUCGACUAGCAAUCUAGCGAACAACAUGGAUGCCGUACAUAUUCGCAACGGCACACCAGACGAUCUCAUGCAAUCCAAUCAGUCUUCGAGUAUUGCUGCGCGCAGACAGAAGCGGCCUGUGGCGUUGAAUUCCAAUGCAAUGAGGAGUGCAUCCUUUUCUGCUUCCAUGCCGUCACCAGGCGGAAGCAAUGACCAGACCUUACGACGUAUCCGUUCCGGUGGCUUCGGCAAUCAUGGAGGUCGUGUCCACAAGUCGCAGCCUAGCUCGGCACAGCGGUCGCCCCUGGCCGCAAGCUUUUCAGAGGCGGCCGCUUCUCCCAAGUUUGCAAGGACUUUCUCUUCCUCCACCACGGUCACCGUCGCCAAUAGCGGAAGUUUGGCACCCCCAACUCCACUGACUCCCCAAGAUUUUGGCAACUACUGGCAGGGCAGUACUGUAAUCAGGCCGCACUCGGUGAUGCCGGAACACAACAGUCCGGAGAGCCUGCACACGAACUGGUCCUCGGAUCAGGCGGGCAAUGUGAUUGCCAAGACCACCUCUCCACCGGCGCCGUCGUUGGAUCUUCAAUCACGAUUCGCCAAUGAUGCGCUCUAUCGAGAUACGCCACCGCAGUCGGCACCUGCUACACAACAGAAUUUCCCCCGUAGCGUGUAUACACAACAGCUACAGACGCGUACUGGAUUUCAUUCGACCACAGAUUUGACCAUCCAACAACCUAAGCCGUCACACUUCCGCCGGCCUUCACUGCCCGAUGACGCACAGCCCGAAGCCGAGGACCUCAGCGCGCAGUGCUUUCAAGGGAGCAACUUGAACUACGACGACUACAAGGACAUUUCGCUCAACAGCAUUCACCAUGGCAUCCCUUUCGCACCGCCAGUCUCAUCAGUACCAGACUUCCUCGUCCACGAAUACGCCCCUCCACAAGGCAAUGACCCGAACGGCCACAUGCUAAGGCGGGCAACGGAGCCUCAGAAUAAGAGUUACAUCUUCGCCAACCAGGGGCCUGGCGACUUCCGGAUCCAGUGA